AUGUUAUCAACUGCGGGUCACCAUCUUUCACAUCGGUUCCUUAAAUCAACAGCAAUCUCUACUUUAAAGUUUCAUUCAUUGUCUAUAUCUACAGAAUCCUCUUCAUUUACAUGGCAACAACCAACUGAAGACGAUCAAAAACAAUACGCAGCUGACGAUGUUUUCCGUGCAGGAAUGCGACAUCAUCAUAUAUGUAAUACAGCAUUUCCAAUCGCUCACAACACUACUAUUCGACCUUAUCGAGUAAAAAGGCUUCGAGAUCAACAAGAUAUUCAAGCAGUCUAUUAUGGAGCUUACGGUUCAUUACCAGAGAUGAUGCUCUAUGCUCAUGUGCCUUUUUGUCAAACACGCUGUCAAUUUUGUGAAUAUACAGUUGUCAAUCCAAAACAAGGCAAAAAUGUUGAUAUACAAACAAAUUAUUUCUCUGCACUAUACACCGAAUUAGAUAUGUAUGCAAAUUUAUUAAAUACAAAAGCAAAAAAACUAGUCGGAUUUGAUAUUGGUGGUGGAACACCAUCUAUGGCUAAAAUAGAACAUAUUCAAAAAUUAAUGAAACAUGUUGAAUCGAAAUUUCAAACUAAUUGGAAUCUAACUGAAGUAUCCAUUGAGACAACACCAAAGAUAGCUGCAGCCGAACCUGAAAAAAUGAAAGCAUAUUACGAUAUGGGUAUUCGUCGUAUAUCAAUGGGUUUACAAACAACAGAUUUUCGUCAAGCAAAAGACAUGAAUCGUGAUGAUGCUAAUGCAUCGACAGAUUAUAUCUAUCAAGCAGUGACAAAUAUUCGUAAUGCAGGUUUUAAAAGUUUUAACAUUGAUUUAAUGUAUGGAUUUCCAUUACGUGCAUCACGUACCGAUGACCCAUGGUUAAAAACUGUUCAAGAUACAAUUGAUCUUCAACCUGAACAUAUAACUUUAUAUCGUAUGAGAUAUAAAGGUACAUUGAUGGCACAUUUAGCUGAUCGUGUUAAACUCGAUCAAAUUAAUCGUCAAGAAGGUCAAUCAAGACAAUUAUUAAAUCAAUCUAAUUACAUUGGAUUAACAGGAAAAAAUACAUUUUCUCGUGUUCAAGGUAAUUCUGGAUGUUCUGAUUAUUUGGAUAAACGUGUUAGAAAAGCUAUACCCUAUAUCGGUAUUGGUCUUGGUGCCCAAUCAUUCAGUCACCAUACAUUAUCGUAUAAUUUAGGUGCUGUUACUAAGAAAUUACAACAAUAUAUUCGUAGUGUCGAAUUAAAUCGUAUUCCAGUUCAAGAUCUUUAUCAUCUAUCACGAGAAGCAGCUAUUGCUAAAAUGGCAUCAGUUAGUUUCUACUAUGGUGGUAUUGAUCUUAUUGCAUUUGAAGAUUGUUUUAAGACGUCGUUACAAGAAUUAUUUCCUACUGAAUUUAAAUUCGUUACAGAUCAUGGCUUAAUGAUAUACAAUCAAGACGAACAACGCUUACAAAUGACAAGUCUUGGUAAACAAUGUUUCGGUGGUGUUGUAGCUCUGUUUUAUUCACCAGCCGUGAAAAAUCAUAUUUUACAUUUACAAGGUGGAGAACAAUUUCUAGUAGAUCCUGUUCAAGCAUUAAAAGAAGGUCAAAGUCCAUUUCAACCAAUCCCAGAUACAACAAUACCAGUUCGUCGUCGAGCAGCAGCAACAAAUGUACCAGAGCCUAAACCGCCAGCGUCAUUAACAACUUCGACGCUUACUUUACAACAAAGUCAACAGUCGCUGAAUCAAAUUCGUCGUUCAUUUUCAUCAUUAGCGCGUGUUGAUACAUCCAAACCAUUUGAAUUUGGCAAUAUUUUAUUUUCUGGAUCAUGUAAUCAAAAGUGUCCAUUUUGUAUUGGACAUCAAUUAUUAGAAACUCCAAAUAAUUUACGUAAAGAAACACUUGAAAAUCUGGAUGAAUUUAUUUCUUUGAUGAAAAAAACUCAAACAUCAAAAAUAAUUUUAACAGGUACAAGAACUGAUCCUCAACUUUAUAAAUAUGAAGAGAAAUUAGUAAACCGUUUACGUCAAGAUUUGCCAAAUGUUCAUAUAUCAUUACAUACAAAUGGUUUAUUAGCAAUACCAAAAAUGAAAACAUUUCGUAUGUACGAUUCAUGUACUAUAUCUGUAAAUUCUUUUCAUCCUACAACUUAUUACAAACUUCAUGGUGUUAAGCAAAUGCCAAAUUUAAAAGCUAUUUUAAGAGAAGCAUCCAAUGUUCCAAUUAAACUUUCAUGUGUAUUAACCGAAGACAAUGUUUAUCAAAUUGAAGAAUAUUUACAGAUUGCUAAACAACUUGGAAUCCGACGAAUUGCAUUACGACAUAUCUAUGGUGAUGAUCGACGUUGGCCUAUUCAAGCGUUUCAAAAUAAACAACCGGUUAAGUAUCAUCAAAAUAAUCCUGUUUAUGAUUUUGAUGGUCUUCAAGUAACCCAUUGGAUAUUUGAUAAAACAUCGGGUCGAUCUUUGAAUUUAUUCUCUGAUGGUACACUUAGUGAUGAAUAUCUGUUAACAAAUUCUCCAAAUCAAUCAAUAGUUGAACAUAUUAACUCUUAA